GUAAAAUAGCUUUAUAAAUGAAAACGUAACAAUAUAUCAACCUACGUGACAUCAAAGAGGGCCAACCAACAUUCUAGUAGAGAAUUCAGUGAUGAGUACUAAAAUUGUCGCCCGUAUUAAAUUGCAGUGCGCUAUUAUAAGCUGCAACUAACAGCUUUAAUGAAGUGGCAGCUGCAUUUAUAUAGAUGAUGUCGCCAUAGUCUAGGACCGAUAGGAAUGUCUACUGAAUAAUAUGCUUUCUACUAAACCCAUUUUUAUUCUCAGUUAAUUCUCAUGCAUUCAAUUCAUAUAUACAACUUCACAACUUGUAAUUACCAUCUUCCCAUUUGGUUAUAAACACAACGUUAUUACUGCUUAUUACUGCCCACCUUCAGACUCAUAAAGACAUCACAAGUCAUCAAGGCAAGUGUCCACUCCCUUCAGAGUAAAAGCUACACCCCAGUCUUUCAGGAACUUGUUGUAAGCCAGAAGUAAAAGGACUGUUAUUGGGGAUGAUGACUAAAAUGAGUUGGAUUGGAACAAUUUUGGGGAGAAACUAAGCACAGAUAAAGCUUAAGAUCAAGAGAAAUGGCAACCAGAGAUUCAUCAACAUGUGACCUGAAAGUUAUCCUUCUUGGCGGCAGAAACUCUGGGAAGAGCGAAGUGGGAAAUGUGCUGCUGGACAGGGAGGAGUUUGUCAUCAAGGAGCGGACUACGUGCUCUAGGAGGGUGGGAGAGGUGGCAGGUGGGUGGGUUACUGUGGUGGACACACCUGGCUGGUGGUGUGACUUCAAGGUGCAGGACACGCCUCAGCUGGUGAAAAGGGAGAUAGUGUGCAGUGUCUCUCUGUGCACCCCAGGACCCCAUAUUUUCCUUAUGGUCAUUAAGACACACUCAGUGUUCUGUGAGAAGCGUCGCAGGGCUGUAGAGGAGCACCUGGCCCUCCUCGGUGAGAGAGUGUGGAGUCACUGUAUGGUCGUCUUCACCUGCAGGGACUGGCCUGGACACAUGCACAUGGAGCAACAAGUCAAAAGAGGAGGCACGGCCCCCCUGUGGCUGGUGGAGAAAUGCAGUCAUAGGUAUCACUGCCUCAACUUGAAGGGUGGACCAGGUGGAAAUCAGGUCACAGAGCUGUUCAGGAAGAUGCAGAGACUGGUGACAGAAAAUAGUGACUGCUAUUUUAAAAUGGAGGGACUGCUUUUACAAGAGGUGGAGGAAAAGAAGAGGAUAGUGGAGCAAAGGGCUCUGCAGAGAUUGAUGAAUAUGCAGAAACAGAGAUCUCUGCUCAAUGGUGAGUUAUCACUGAGAUUUCAUGUCAUCUCCGAUAUCAGAGUCGUGCUGCUUGGAGCUCGGGGCUCAGGGAAGAGUUCAGCAGGAAACACCAUCCUGGGUCAAGGAGGAAGCUUUCAGGUCAGAAGGAGAACAGCGCAAUGCAUGGUGGGAUCAGGGGAUGUUGCUUGGAGACAAGUCACUGUGGUGGAAAUUCCAGGCUGGUGGAUGAAUUACUUCUCUCAGGAUAGUCCUGUUUUUGACAGACAGGAGAUAGUGUGUAGUGUAUCUCUUGGCUCCCCUGGCCCACAUGCCCUCCUGCUAAUGGUGCGUGUGGACCGGUCCUUCACAGAGACCUACAGGAGAGCUGUGCAGGAGCACCUAGAGCUCAUCACAGACGCUGUCUGGGCUCACAUCAUCGUCCUGUUCAACUUUGGGGACUGGCUGGGAGACACAACCAUCGAGCAGCACAUUGAGAAUGAGGGGGAGGCCCUUCAGUGGCUUGUGGAGAAGUGUGGCAACAGGUAUCAUGUCCUCAACAAUAGAAGCAACUCAGGAUUUCAGGUUACGGAACUGAUGAGAAAGAUUGAGGAACUGAUAUCAUGCAACAGCAGUUGUUACUGUAAGAUUGAGGGUGGGAUUCUGCAGGAGUUGGAGGAGAAGAGGAGGGAAGAACAGAAAAGAGCAGGGGAGAGACUGACGAGGAGGCAGAAACAAAGAGAGACUGCCAGAUCUCUAUUAGGGGAGUUCUACUGUCCCUCAGAGCUGAGAAUAAUGCUGCUGAGUGGCCGCAACACAGGCAGGAGCUCUGCUGGAAACACCAUCCUGGGCAGAGAGCACUUUAAAGUAGGGUGCCAUGCUACUGACUGUGUGGAAGGACAAGGAAAGGUCAGGGGUUAAACUGUGACAGUUUUGGACCCACCAGGUUGGCUGUCAGUGGGUCCUGGCUCCCUGAUGUCUCCCUCAGCCUCUGGGGUAACUGUGGUCCUGGUGGUUGUGAAUGUGAGCUCCUCCUUCAGCCACACUGUCUGGAGAACAGCAGAAAAACACCUGGAGGCGCUCGGAGAGAAAGUAUGGAAAAGAACCAUGGUCCUAUUCACCUUUGGGGACUGGCUGGGGGACACAACCAUCGAGCAGCGCAUUGAGAGUGAGGGAGAGCCCCUCCAGAGGCUUGUCGAGAAGUGUGGCAACAGAUACCACGUGUUGGACAGUAAGAACCAGGGGACUGGUGCACAGGUCACUGACCUGCUACAGAAGAUAGAGGAGAUGCUGGUGGAGGAGAGGUUGGAGGUCCUACGGAGAAGAGAACAGGUUGGGAAGAGUCUCACAGUGAUGCAGGAGCCAGAGAUGGAUGGAGUGAUGGGAGAGGGCAUAGAGGUCCUUGUAGCAAACCACACAGACGCUCCCUUUCAUGAUGCGUGUGAGGUGGCUUGUUCAGAGGACCUUCUAACCCCAGAUGACUUAGGAGCCCCAGACUUUGGUGUACAGGAGUUGGCACUACCAGAGGCCAGCGGAGGAUGGUGGACUGAAGCAAAUCACUCCAUCGAUGAUGUGGAGGGGUUUCUGUCCAGCAUGGCCAGUGUGCUUCAGGGGAAUCAGGAGGGGCUGAUGUGGAACAUGAGGGGCAGACAGAUGCUAGUGGUGACUCUCCCAGACUGUCUCCACGCUGGACCUACUCAGAGCCAUCAUCUGAGAUGGAAUGGACAGAAUGGUAGAAAACCGGUCACCCUGUUCUCUCCAGGACACCAAGCUCUCCUCCUGGUCCAGCAACCCAAAGAACCAGAAAGAAUGCUGGUGAAGAACCAGGAAGACAUAGUGGAUAUACAGUCCCUUGGACACCCCAGGCUGAGGGACAGGACCCUCAAAGAGAUUGCCAGAACAGGAGGCCUGCAGGCCUUGAUUGACCAAUGGGGGAACAGUAAUUUGGAGGAGCUUGAAUCCUUCAUUGACUCCUAUUUUGAAAUGGUGUGGAAGAAAACCUUGGUGUCUUUCAUAGUAGAGGAGGAGGACUGUCUCACCAGCAACAGCCCAGAGCUGAAUGAUGUUGGGGAGGAUCUUGUAAAUAAUGGUGACCUGGAGGUGCUGUCAUGCAUUGACAAGAAGCUGUCUAAGCUGGACCUCCUGGAAGGCAUGCAGAGAGACUUGCUGGACCUCAGACAGAGUCUGGAUCGCAGCUGUGACAUCAUACAGGAACUCAGUGACAAUAGUAAAGCAACACAGAAGCCUGCUGUUCCCUCUGAUGCAGGGGAGGCAGAAGUGGAGGAAAGUUGCUCGAGGAGAGAUGUUCAACAAUAACAGAAAUGAUAAGUUAUAGAUUGGUUUGGUUUGUUUUAUCUAAAUAUGCCCUAACAUCAUUGUUCAGGUAACUAAUGAACAGUAUUGAUUUAUUGAUAGAGUUAAUGCUAAUGGUGAGGCAGUAUAUUAACUUCAUGAUGUCAUGUGUUUCCACAAGGGGGAGCCCUCUGAUAAGCAAUUGUGGGGGGUUGGUCUCCUGCAUAGGUUACUGUAUCUAUUCACUAGAUGAAAUAUUUAACUCCAUUAUUAUGCAAGAUACCAGUCAUUUUAAAUCAGUUAUUGUUGAUCAUUUCCUAGAUGAUUAUUUUAUUUAUCUUAUGAGGCUUGUAUAAAGACAUAUCAGGGUCCAGAUGACAGCACAUGUGUCAUGCCAUAAAAGUAACAUAUUAAUAUAUCAUCAAACAUAUCAAAGGGGCGAGUCUUUUUUUGUGUUUGCUCAUGAGACUUGUUCGAGUCAAUGUAAAAAGAAUUGACAGCAACAAAGACUGAGAGCCGUGACCCUCUGAGGUGAUGGGUAAGCUGAGGAUGAAAAACUGUCUAACUGUGCUGUGAUGUGGUGACUGUCUGCAGGUGCUGCAGCCCCAGCCUCAGCCCACUGGCUGAUGACUCAUCUCUCUACAGCAGAAGCAGAACAUGUAGAACUGGGCUGAUUCACAACUGGAAGGGAAAAACUGUAGGUCUUCACAUUGGGUAGCUACUGUUCAUAAAUAAGGGCAUGGAGUUUUUCCUCUUCAGGUCACAUGGUUAGAAAACACUUCAGGUGCUAUUCAUAAUUGCUCUCUAUCUUGCAACAUGCUGAGGUGUGUGAGAGGGAGAGAGAAAGCGAGUGAGAGAGAAAGGGGGAGGAAUAGGGAGAGAGAGAGAGAGAGAGAGCGAGAGAGAGAUGCAGAAACAGAGCAUGUCUUAAAUUACCUUCAAUCUCCAGUUAAUGAAAAACAGGAAGUUGGUUCAGGCAGACCAGACAUUGUGUUAGCUGAGAAUACCAUAAAGCUGAAAGGCUACAUUUCUAAACCCUUUCAGAAUUUGCACAAGAGCCAGAGAGAUGAGUCACACAGACACAUACAGCGGCUAAUAGAUUUCUGGCUGGGUAAGUAAACACUCUGCAAAGCCUGGUGCAGUCAAGGUCAAUCUCUAUCUACUUUUAAAGCCAACAUGUAAGAACCUCAAAGUAAAGUGUUUUAUAGGGCAAUUUUUAUUGAAAUCCAUAAAUGGGAAGAUGUUGUUGCCAAGCUAUUAUUUUUUUGACCCUCUAUUUUUUGUUGACCCUCUGAACGAGGUUACAACGUUGACAGAUUGAUGAAAAAAUAGAUGUUUUACUGUCACAUACACCAGAUAGGCAGUACUGUAAAAAAUAUUGAUACUCAGACAUUGUAGAAUUGCUGAAACGUAGGCUAAAAACCAGCCAGACAAUUGUACUUUCCUCUCAAUACUGUUUUUUUGUCAACCUCUAGUUUAACUCUCUACAUCCAAUAUUCACCUUUGUUAAUAGCAACACUGGGCUAUUUUAGAGUAAAGAAAUCCCACAGCCACAAAGUGAGGCUCUUGGGACAUAAAUGCACUUGUUUUAUUUUUGACACAUAGCCUCGGCAUCCAGUCUCUUCCCUGGCCUGGUGUAUUUUUCCCUACUCAGACUAGAAGUUCCAUUAUGCAGCGAUCCCCAGAGUGCUUGGAGAGAGUGAGGAGGGUCCCACCUGGUGUGUUCAGAGUGCAUCUCCCCACCGCCCACCUUACUGGCCAAUGGGAGAGAGGGUUGUGACUGCCAUCCCAGCAUAGCCUGGACUGGCGAGAAAGGAGUGUUGUGUGUUGGCGAUGAAUCAGCUGUCAUUAGUUGGCACCUGGCCUGAAACAGACUGCUUGGCUUACCAAAGAAUGCAAAGGUCCACAGAUGAUGCAAUCGCCAUCACACUGCAGACUGCCCUAUCCCAUCUGGACAAGGGGAAUACCUGUGUAAGAAUGCUGUUCAUUGACUAUAGCUCAGCAUUCAACACCCUCCAAGCUCAUCAUUAAGCUUGAGCGUUCUCAGCCCCCUCCAGUACUCCCUGUUCACCCAUGACUGUGUGGCCAUGCACGCCUCCACCUCAAUCAUCAAGUUUGCAGACGACACAACAGUAGUAGGCUUGAUUACCAACAACGAGACAGCCUACAGGGAGGAAGUGAGGACACUCAACUUCAACAAAACAAAGGAGAUGAUCGUGGACUUCAGGAAACUGCAGAGGGAGCACCCCCCUAUCCACAUCGACGGGACAGCAGUGGAGAAGAUGGAACGUUUUAAGUUCCUUGGCAUACACAUCACGGACAAACUGAAGUGGUCCACCUACACAGACAGUGUGGUGAAGAGGGCGCGACAGCACCUCUUCAACCUCAGGAGGCUGAAGAAAUUUGGCUUGUCACCUAAAACCUUCACAAUUGAGAGCAUCCUGUCGCGCUGUAUCACCGCCUGGUACGGCAACUGCACCGCCCGCAACAGCAGGGCUCUCCAGAGGAUGGUGCGGUCUGUACAACACAUCACCGGAGCCAAACUUCCUGCCCUCCAGGACACCUACAGCACCCGAUGUCACAGGAAGGCCAAAAAGAUCAUCAAGGACAACAACCACUCGAGCCACUGCCUGUUCACCCCACUACCAUCCAGAAGGCGAGGUCAGUACAGGUGUAUCAAAGCUGAGACAGAGAGACUGAAAAACAGCUUCUAUCUCAAGGCCAUCAGACUGUUAAACAGCCAUAAUUAACACAGAGAGGCUGCUGCCUACAUACAUACUUGAAAUCAUUGGCCACUUUAAUAAAUGGAUCACUAGACACUUUAAUAAUGACACGUUAAUAAUGUUUACAUAUCUUGCAUUACUCAUCUCAUAUGUACAGUUGAAGUCGGAAGUUUACAUAUACUUAGUGUCACGACUUCCACCGAAGUUGGUCCCUCUCCUUGUUUGGGCGGUGUUCGGCGGUAGAAGUCACCGACCUUCUAGCCAUCGCUGAUCCUCUUUUCAUUUUCCUUUGGUUUUGUCUUGUCUUGUAUCACACCUGGUUCCAAUACCAUCAAUUAUAUGUGGGUGACUGUUUAUUGUAGUGCUUGUGAAUGUCUGUCCUGCUGUGUGUUGGGUUAUGUACCCAUUUAUUUAUUAUUAUGUCUUCCGGUGGGUUUUGUUAAUAAACUGCGCCAUUGGA